AUGAAUGCCCCAGACAGAUAUGAGUCGUUCAUUCUUGACGAGGGCCAGAAGAAGGUCGAGGUAGAUCCCGAGACACGCGUUCCAAAUGCGGCCAUGUUCACCUUCAACAAGGAGGACCACACCCUCGGCAACCUCCUCCGUGCGAAGCUCGCCAAGUCUGAGCACGUCCUCUUCGCUGGCUACCAAGUCCCACACCCACUCUUCGCUACCUUCAAGCUCCGCGUGCAGACCGACGGCGAGGUCAGUCCUAAGGAGGCUGUGGUCAACGCCUGCCGCGAGGUCGUGAAGGAGCUCGGCCAGCUUGACCAGGAGUUCACCAAGGAGUUCGAGCUCAAGAAGAUCGCUGGUACUGGUCCAGGCGACGCUGGCUAUUAA